UUUAUUUAUUUCUUAAUUACAAUUACAAUGACUUCGGUUAAAAAGGUUAAUUUAAAAGACGAGAAACUCGCAGAUUUGGCAGAAAAAAUAGACGUAACGGAUGAAAUGAAAUUAAAAAUGUUAGCAGCUCUCGACCACCCAGAGCCUGAUGAUGUUCUUUAUCCACCAGAACUAAAUGCUCAUUUAAUUGAGCAAUUGAAGGUAAUGACUUGUGAGAAUAACGAGUUGCGAAAGUUAAUCUUCACAAGAGAUGAAGAAGUUAAGGAACUAAAUAAAACAGUGACCGAUCUAAAUCAGCGAAUACGUGAUAUCAUUUCUGGCACUGGGCCUGCUAUAUCUUCGAAAUCUGCAGGCAUAAUAAGUGCCAAAAUAACUGAUUUAUGCAAACAAAAUAGACAUUUGAUAGCUGAACUAGAAGGUUAUAAAACUAAAAACGGUGCGUUGGAACGAAAAAUAAUGCAACUUGAUUUGAUGAAUAAAGAAACUGAGAAAUUAGAUAUUUGUGCAUGUAAGGACGAUACAACUGAUGCAAACUUCGAUGAGCUACAAGAACUGAACAAUAAGCUUGCAGUUGUUAACAAAAAACUAUUUGACAGUAAAAACAAAAAUUUAGAACUUAAAAAUGACAUUUUAAUUGCAACAAAAAUCCUGCAACAAGAACUAGGCGAUAAGUUUAUUAGUAUUAAAGAAUUACAGCGCGAUUUAGCAGGUUGGAAGGGUAGAGCUCAGCAAAUAGUGUGUUUGCAAGCAAGAAUUAAUGAUUUGGAGGAAAAGUUAAACGGUAAACAUAAAGAUUUGAUUGAAGCCAAAAAAAAGGACCAGAGUCAGAUAAUAAGGGAGUUAGAAAUGAAAAGAAAGAAGGAAGUAGACGCCGCUAUGAAAGAUUUUCAAUCGUUAAAAGAAGAAAAUCAGGACUUGAAAAAAAAAUUAGAUGGCGCCAGGUGUAGAAUAAAAAAUUUAGAAUGUGAUUCACUAUCAUUGAGACAAAAAAUGCAAACAUUUGUUGAAAAAAGUAAUCAUGAUGAUUUGUUAAUAAAUGAACAGAGAAAUCAAAUUAAAACUCUAGAACUGUAUUACCAAGAACUUUUGAAAGAGAAUACUAACACAAUUAACAAGAUGAAAUACGAUAUGGAAGAAUCUAAUAAACUGAUGAAAAAUUCGGAAGAAAAAAUUGGUGCAUUACAAAAACAAGCAGUAGAGAAAUCAAUAAAAAUUGAAGAACUUAGGGGUCAGCUCGCUAAAUACGAAGAAUGUUCCUUGCAAAAUAUAUUUUACACUCCUAUGAAAUUGGCCUCUGAUAAUGAAAUUAAAAAACUCUCUGAACUUGUAAACAUGUUAAACGAGCGUCUGGAUUCCGAAAGGCGUAAAUGGGAUGAAUUGGAAGCUGCUCAUAGAAAGCUGAAAGAAAAAAAGAAAAGGUUGGAGAAGAAAGUAUUUAUUCUAGAAGACGAAAUUAAAAUUAUGAGGGACUCUAGAAGGCCAUCAAGAAGUUCCAAAACGUCAGUUAUUAAAGAACAAAUUGAUGCAAAACAUUUUGCGUUUGGAAAGAAGCAAUCUUCAAUUGCUACAAUUGCUGAAAAACCCAGUUCAAGUCCAUCAUUUGAAACAGAGGAUGCUAAUAAUUAUGAAAGCUUGGAUAAAGAGGAAAUAAAAUUUAAAUUAGAGUUAACAGAAGAAAAAUUAAAAAUGUUGGAAGAUAAGCUAAAGAUGGUAGAAGAAGAAAAGAGAGAUGAUAUUAUGCAUUUGACAGAAAUGAUACAAAACUCAAAGCAAUUGUUUAACGAAGCUUUAGCGGUAUUACAAAAGGAGAAGUGUGUUUGUUCCUAACCAUGCAUUAAACAAACUUUGUUUAUGAAAGUUCAACUUCUACUAAGCGAAUGGCCAGGCAUAACUGGUCGCUGCGCCGGACCCGCUACCGUUUUUUUUCUAUAGUUAGUCUCGGUACUGUACUUAAAUAAGAAAUAUACAUUAGUAACUCAAGUCACAAGAGGCCCAAUCGCGCAGAGGCGCUUAUC